AUGAUCUUUGCUCAAGUUGCGGGAGGAAGUCAUGUUUUGACGGCACAUGAAGCUAAGGAAGUUCUUUCCCGGUCAAACAUUGGUGAUGAUAACCUUGCACAAAUAUGGGAUUUAUCUAAUGUGACAGGACAACCUCAACUUACAUUUCCCGAAUUUGCAACAGCCAUGUAUCUUACUUCAAUGAAAAUGUCAGGCAGUACCAUUCCUCGUGCUUUACCAGACAGUAUUCGUAAUGAAUUACGAAACGCUGUUUCCAUCAUCACUAAUUCAUCUUCAGCACUUACAUUAAAUAAUCCACAAUCUACACUACAUUCAUCUAUAUCGACUCAACCAACAGGAUAUAACCCUAGCCCUAGACAACUACCACCUCAAGUGGCUAUGCCCUCUGGUAUGUUGAACAAUACACUCAACUUUACAAACCGCAUGAUGCCCCAAUCCUCUUACUACACACCACCCACUUCCUUUGAAGCUCUUUCAUCUUCCGUCAAAAUUCCUUGGGCCGUCACUGAUGAAGAAAAAAAACAGUACACUAAAAUUUUUAAAGCUUGGGACACAGAGAAGAGGGGUAUACUCACUGGUGAAAAAGCAAAGGAAAUCUUUUCUCAAUCUGGAUUACCGCAAAAUGUGCUUAUGCAAAUUUGGAAUUUAUCAGAUCCUAAUAAUCAAGGUAAACUGAAUGUGGAUGAAUUUGCGGUAGCUAUGCAUUUAAUCUAUCGAAAGUUAAACGGUUAUAAUUUACCUGAGACAUUACCACCUGAGUUAAUACCACCUUCAACUCGCGAUUUGAAUGAAAGUGUGAGUCAUUUAAAGAACUCUAUCUUGCAAGAUAUUGCCAAGAAACGUCAGUUGGCUAAUUUUAGAUCCACACCUUCUGAAUCUCCCAAGACAGCACAAAAGAAGGAAAAGGAAGAUACGGAUGUGGGCUAUGUCUCGAGUGCACGUCGUAUGGGCCCUGACAGAACACGUACACGUGAUCUCUCUCUUCGUAGUAGUAGUAGUAGUAGUUCCUCAAAUAAUAAUAGUAGUAGUUACGGCUAUCGUGGUAAGCAAACACGUAUCUUUGAUCUUCGCAAAGAAAUUGAAGAGAAAAGACGAUAUAUCAAAGAACUUGAAGAAGAAGCAAAGGAGCCAAUUGCAAAGCCUUAUACAGCAUUAUCAUCUUUAGAGAAAAGAGAGAUUGAUGGACUUAAAGAGAGAAUAAGAGAAUUACAGAUUGAGAUUUCCAAGACAGGUGGUGAACAGUCAAGAGAUGCAUGGGAUGAAUAUAUUGCUAAAUCAACUGAGCUAGCAAGUCUAGCAGAACAAGAGAAGACACUUGAAGAUGAAAUUGAAUAUAUAUUGGAUGCCACUUUAAAGGGAGGGUUAUUGGUGCGACUCAAUGAGACAGAGGAUGAUUUAAAGGAAAGAAAGAUAAAGGCUUUAAAACAAGAAGCAAAUACAACAACUAACUUCAUGCCACUUAACAUUGUCGGUAUAGGGCCUAAUGGUGAAGUUACAGAGAGUGAUCGAAUUAAAGCAAAGGCAAAGGCUAUGGUAGCAGCUCGUAUGGGGAAAUUGACGGGUAAAAGUAUCAACCAAGCUGAAAUCGAUAAAAUUAAUGAGGAAAGAGAAGAGUUUAGACUGUAUGCGGAUUCAAUUGCAUCUGAACUGAAUAGAAUGGAAGAAGCAGUGAAAACGAUUCGUCUAGAAAUGAGCAUGAUUGGUUUAGAUAUUCGAAAGCAAGACCAAGAUCAAAAGAAGAUUGAGGAACGUGCUCAAUUUGAAUAUGGCGAUCAUGUGGCAAAGGAUCUAAAACAAUUUAUUGAGGAGCUCAAAUAUGAUGCUGCUUUAGCAAAGGCGCCUGAAGUAGAUCCUUCCUUUGAAUCUCGAUUCCCAGAAUUUUAA